AGAAGGGGAAAUAAACCUCUUUGGCUGGAGUAGGGUCCGGGUGAGCAGAUUUCCUUAUCCGGGAAUCGCAGGCGGGGCGGCCAUUGGCUCCGGGGAUCACGUGGGCCCCUAACUUUGUUCACUUGACAGUAAGUAGGAGGGCUUUCGGAAACAGGAAAACGAGUCAGGGGUCGGAAUAAAUUUUAGUAUAUUUUGUGGGCAAUUCCCAGAAAUUAAUGGCUAUGAGUUCUUUUUUGAUCAACUCAAACUAUGUCGACCCCAAGUUCCCUCCGUGCGAGGAAUAUUCACAGAGCGAUUACCUACCCAGCGAGCCCUCGCCGGGGUACUACGCCGGCGGCCAGAGGCGAGAGAGCGGCUUCCAGCCGGAGGCGGGCUUCGGGCGGCGCGCGGCGUGCACCGUGCAGCGCUACGCGGCCUGCCGGGACCCCGGGCCCCCGCCGCCUCCGCCGCCGCCCCCGCCACCCCCGCCGCCGCCCGGGCUGUCCCCUCGGGCUCCUGCGCCGCCGCCCUCGGGGGCCCUCCUCCCGGAGCCCGGCCAGCGCUGCGAGGCGGUCAGCAGCAGCCCCCCGCCGCCUCCCUGCGCCCAGAACCCCCUGCACCCCAGCCCGUCCCACUCCGCGUGCAAAGAGCCCGUCGUCUACCCCUGGAUGCGCAAAGUUCACGUGAGCACGGUAAACCCCAAUUACGCCGGCGGGGAGCCCAAGCGCUCUCGGACAGCCUACACUCGCCAGCAGGUCUUGGAACUGGAGAAGGAAUUUCACUACAACCGCUACCUGACGCGGCGCCGGAGGGUGGAGAUCGCCCACGCGCUCUGUCUCUCCGAGCGCCAGAUCAAGAUCUGGUUCCAGAACCGGCGCAUGAAGUGGAAAAAAGACCACAAGUUGCCCAACACCAAGAUCCGCUCGGGUGGCACCGCAGGCGCAGCCGGAGGGCCCCCUGGCCGGCCCAACGGAGGCCCCCCCGCGCUCUAGUGCCCCCCGCGCGGGAGCCGCGAACCUCGGGGCGGGGAAGAAGAAGAAGAAGAAGAAGAAAAAGAAGAAGAAGGAAGAAAGAAAAAGACAGAAAGAGAAAUAGGAGGCUGCACUCCUCGUUUUCAGCUUUGGCGAAGAUGGAUCCACGUUUCAUCUUUAAUCACGCCAGGCCCAGGCCCAUCUGUCUUGUUUACUCUGCCGCGGAGAGGACGGGCCUCGGUGGCGACCAUUACCUCGACACCCGGCUAACAAAUGAGGCCCGGCUCCGACGCCGCCGCCUCUGCUGCUGCCGCUGCUGGAAGACAGCCUGGAUUUUCUUUCUUUGUCCCCCAUUCCUGACACCCAGCGAAAGCACCCUGUGACUGCCAGAUAGCGCAGUGUUUUGGCCACGGUAACACGCACACACACACACACACACACACACCCUCCUCCCCCUCGGUGCCCCUCCACGGGCACACUGACUGCUCACCCCCUUCCACCAAGGGGUGGGGUGGGGGGCAGCAGCAGGAAGGGGACACGUGGAGGUGGGGGGUGGCCUUGGCACCGUAGGACCAGGCAGGGAAAUUGAGUCCAACAGAAAAGAGACCCGGAGACCCGAGAGGGCCUUCUUCUGGAAGGUCAAGCCAUUCCUGGCAGAGUGAGGGGCCAGCUGAGUUCUGGAAGCUGGGCACAACCCUCUGGCCAAUUGAGUUGUGCAGCCAGGCCUUCUCUCCUCCGCUGCAAAUGAAUGUGAGACUAGCACAGAAAAUGUGGUGGGGCCUCCCGGUCUGGGAGACAUAUUGCAGAGACCUCUCCCAUAGUUUAUCAUUGUUUUGCAUUGAUUAUUAUUAUUAUUAUUAAUUAUUAUUAUUAUUAUUAUUAUUUUAUGUCAUGCGCGUCCUGUCUCCUGUUCUCUCUCUGACAUUCCAAACCAGGUCCCUUCCUAGUUCUGGGGCUGCCUGAGUCUAGAACCCUUCGUUGGCGUGAAAAUUUUGUGUCCUGUACAGAGUGACAAUAGAAAUAAAUGUUUGGUUUCUUGUGACCAGCACGGCGUGUUUUUGUUGAAACCUUGAUGUAAAGAUACAGACGAAUGCCACCCAGCGUAUAUUUUAAGCAUCUCAGUCCAUUCGGCCUCACAUUGUAUGUGGUUGAGGAUUUUUUUUCGAAGGGUCCAAGGAGAAUUUCUAUCUCAGAGGACUCCAAAUUGUGGUAGCUGGUUUGUUUUCCUUUUGGGGUGGGUGUGUUUUGUUUGGGGCUUUUAAUUUUUUCCCUCCAGUCCAAAAAUGGAUUGAAAGUACUGGGAGGGCCGACUCCAAUCCCUAAUGGGGGAGAAAAUGUUUCAUUGUAGGACACGAGAGGCUUAAGUAUGGCAAAGCCUUUCAUAUCGUGAUUUAUUUGUCAUAAGCAAAUAAAAUGCGGUUAAGCUGUCUCUUUCUAGACAGACGGCUCUUUGCUUAUUAAGGUUCGGAGGGAGGAUUUCUGCGAGGCCGGCCUCUUUCCUCCCGCCUAAGAAGCAAAUCUCCGCAGACCGGCUGUUGGGGGAAAAAAGUGUUAGCUGGCUCUCCCGGAUCUGCGAGGGGGAAAAAAUUUGGAACCAUAAAGUUGAAAACUUUUUUCUCUCAGUUUGGAAGAAGCCCUUCGUCAUGAAUGGGAUCCGCAGAAUUCAGGCCAGAGGAGGCGAGAGGCGCAAAGGAGGGGAGAUUUCUCGCCUGCCGCUCGCGCUGGGGCUCGAUGUGAAUAUAUAUUAUGUCUGCCUGUUCUCCCCUCGUCGGUGGCUAAGGUAAGCUGGACUGAAAUAGGCUAUCAGUUUGUGAAUGGCGGAGAGUAUGUCUCAAUGAUUUAUGGCCCAUAUGACUCCAAUCUCGGUUCAAGAAGAGUUCACAAGCUUUAAGCUUCCUUCCACGCAGCGACUCUCCUCUCCUCUCCUCUCUCUCUCUCUCUCCCUCUCUCUCUCUCCCUCCCCCUCCCUCCCUCCCUCCCUCUCUCUCUCUCUCUCUCUCCCUCUCUCCCUCUCCCUUCUUGCUUCUCUCCUUUUCUCCUCUUUUUUCUUUCAGCAGCCAGAGCCAGAGCUGAAUUUCCCCCCGGCUGCUAAGAAGAGCCUAAGCUUUCUCUCCUUUCCUUUCUUGUUCUUUUAUUUUUCUUCCUUCCACUAAUUUUUUUUUUUUUUUUAAGUCCUGGAAGGUGGCCUAUCCCCUCUCUCCGGGCUUCCCCAGCUAUUGUUACUGUCCUCGGCUCUUUUCAGGGGUGUGCCUGGACAGGUGGGGUUCUUGGGGUGGUUCACCGCCCUCCUCCAACGAGACCCUGGGGGGAAGCCGGGAGCCACCGUCUCCCUCCCUCCCUCUCUCCCGAGAAGCCAUAUGGAGCCUGGAUUUUUCCAACAUGGAGGCAAGGGAAAUAGACAUGUUUGGCUUGGUAGAGCUGCUCCCCACCCCCUCUUCUCCUGGAUCCCCAGAUCUCAGAUCCCCUCAGCACCUUCACCUCUUCUCACUGUCCCACCAGCCAGGCCUCUGCGCCCUCCGGUCGAUCCGGGCCUGGCAAAGUCCCAGAGCGGAGUUGCUAAGGCGCCUCUUAAUUCGGUUACCUCCAGCGCCCAAACUUGCUGCCCUCCGCCCGGUGUGCUUGGAACCUGCCGCCGCUAGCCGUUGAGGCGUCCUGAACGCUUUCUCUUCGCCUCCUUGGGCCAGCAUAGCUAGUCACCAGCCACCGCGGCAGCAGUGGCCGAGACAGCCCGGAGGCGGCAGCCAGGGGCUAGCUCCGUCCACAAACCUCCCGGCCCUUUCUCGCCGCCAGCGGAGUCUCCAUUCUUUCCUGUUACGUCUCUGGCUUCUCCGCUUCCCACACUCGCCUGGCCUCUGUCCUGCGAUGGUUUGCAGGUUUAUUGCAGGGGGAACGACAGGAAUUUCAGCCCCAGGCGUCUAGUCAGAUUAUUGCUUUAUCAUCAUCAUCACCAUCAUCAUCAUCAUCAUCAUUACUGCUGUAACAAUCAUUUAGACUAAAUAAAGCCAGGGCCCAGCCAGCCAACCCCUU